AAUAGCCAGUUUACUACACCACACAUUGUAGUUAAUGAAGAUUUUUGCAUUGCAUACACACAAGAACUAUAUUACUUAUGGCAGUGGAUAUGAAACGUUACGUUGAUUAUUUGGAUCAUACUUGUAAUGUAUAUAUGAGUAAAAUAACGAGUCAUUAUUGCUAAUGAUGUUUGUUAUGAUGAUCAGAUGUGGUGGAGAAAUGAGGUUGGUUUUCCAUUGAUUUAACGCGGGAACUCUCUCCUAUGAUUUUAUUAGUCUUCAUUAAUUCUUCCUGGGUAUCAAUGGCGAGGAGAGCGGAGUUUUCUCCUUGUGGGCUUGGAGAACAGUGCAGCACAGAGAAAUGCUAGAAAUAACAGGCCACCGAAUGAGACGAAGAUGAUGAUAACGACGUUAUGGUCUCCCGGAGUGGUGGUGGAGCUCUAUUGGGUGGUGGUGGAGCUGUACGAGGAGGAGGUGGUGGAGUUAUACGAGGCGGAGGAGGAGGAGCUCUAUGAGGUGGUGGUGGUGGUGGAGCUCUAUGAGGAGGAGGUGGUGGAACUCUGUGUGGCGGAGGAGGAGGAACUCUAUGAGGUGGAGGUGGCGGCGGUUUUACAAUAGGUCUACACGGUGGCUUAAUAUUGGGAGAGGAGACAAUACUCCAAGGGAAUAGAGGGUUAUUCAUUUGUUCAAGUGGGAAAGAUAGAUACUUUUGGAUUCUACCCAUUGCUAUAAUUAAUGUGAUCCACUUCUCUCUCUUUUAAGAGUAAAAAUAUUUGUAAUUGUGAGAUGGGAUGGUAUAGCCUAGUAACGUUGUUGUAACAAUUUAUAUUAAGGUUUUCAAGCACUACAAUACAUACGUACUUCUUGU